UCCCUGCCAUUCGGUUUGCAUCACGCCAGCCACUUCUGGUUCUCCGCUCGCCUCUCGAUCGCGGCGACUGUGUCGCUCCGCUCUCGAGUCGCCAUGCUUCUCAAACCCGCUACACCGCUUACUAUCCUCCUACUGAUCGCAUUUGUUCUUCUCCUCAUCUCCGUCAUCUCGACUCCGAUUGUCAAAAGCAUACCAUUAGCGACUUUCGAGAAUGUCGAUUAUGGUGUCUUCGGUUACUGCAAAGGUGACCAGUGUACCAGCAUUCAUGUUGGCUAUGCCGACGAUAACAUUAUCACGACCAACACCAGCAGCAGCGAAUUCAAUAUCCCGCCCAGUACUCGGAAGUCGCUUUCAGCCAUUUUGAUUGUCCAUCCCAUCGCAGCCUUUCUUACUCUCAUUUGUCUGUGCCUGGCGGCAGCAGCGCACUUUCAUGCCCCGUCGCAUUCGCCACGAUAUCUCCUGGCACUGCUAAUUCUACUUCUCCCCACACUGCUCGUGUCGCUCUUGGCUUUCCUCGUCGACAUCUUGCUGUUCGUUCCGCAUCUCAAAUGGGGAGGAUGGAUUGUGCUCGUGGCCACCAUUCUGCUUGUGACUUGCGGUGUGGUCACAUGUGCCAUGCGCCGGACACUUGUCAGCCGCAAGGCGAGGAAGAGGCGCAUCGCAGAAAACGCUGAAAUGAGUGGGGAGAAUUUUUACAAUCGUCAGAACGCCGCGGCAGCAGCAGGAGGCUUGGGCCAGCCAGAGAGCUUCAAUGCCGAUGUCAAGGAGCCGGUUGUUACUGGUUCGCCUCCUACCUCUGAUGUCGGACCCACAUUCACUACAUUCCGUACAACAACCCAUGACAGCGACGAUGACCGCACUCCUUUAAACGCUCGGAAUCCCCCUAGUGAUGCUGCACUGCCCACUGGUCCAUAUGCCAAUAUGCGCGGUGAUGUAAUGGCUUACAAUGCCCCACCGGAUCAUAUCGAAAGCGCUCCUCCUUCUGUCCAAGGACCUGGGCCGCGGAUGCGCCCCGGACCCCCCGAUGCUCGACUCCGCAAUCAGUAUUCUGACGGCAGUAUGGGUUCGCGACGAGGUCCCCCUCCUCCAGGAUCUGCCCCGCGUGGACGUGGCGGAUAUGGCCCGCGAGGAGGAUACGGCCGAGGGGGUUAUUACGGGCCAGGACCACGAGGACCUCCACCGGGCGGGCCGAUGAGAGGCGGACAUCCAGGAGCGAUGGGUCGAGGUUAUCGAGGACCCCCUCAGCCUGGUGGUUAUGGUCCCUCGCCAGGGUUUCGGCCGACACCCCCUCCUGAGACUGACUACGAUUACCGCGGCCCAGCACCCUCUGCGGGUGUUCAUCGACAGCCAUCUCCGGGUCCGAUUGGGAUGGCCGUAUCUGCGGAUUAUGAGGCGGCUGGACAAGCUAUUGAGAUGCAGCCGCAGCCAAAACGCCUAGGCUCUGCUGAUCCUGUGUCGCAUGGGGUGACGUCCGAUUCCCAGCCGCAUGCAGUGUCAGCCGACGGAUAUCCUGAGCCCAUAAGCCCUACAAGCCUUUAUAGCCGGACACCUUCGCAUAAUCACCCGCGUGCUGGCUGGGCGCAAGCAGAUGGCCCCGCCCACCACGCACCCUCGCCGGCGCAUGGCUACGGCUCCGCGCGGCAACACGCACGUUCGCCUUCAACCGACUAUUUUGAAGAUGUGGAUCCUCGAUUUGUGAACCCCAACGAGUCGGCAGCAGCUAACCCACCACGGUUACCUCCUGCCCUCACACCUGGUGCCAUUGGUGAGCGGAAACCGACGGAUGACUCGGCUGAGGCCCCUCACUCACCCACUACUAGUGAAGUAAGCCACUUCACUUCCAUUUCCCAACGGCCUAUCAACCCUCGCUGGCGCCCACCGCCUGUUCCGGCUCAACAGAAGCAUGAUGUGCUGCUGGAGAACAAUCCGGAUUUUGACCUUCAGGCGGGUGCCGGGCGAGGAGGGCUUGCCGGAGUAGGAAGUCGGAUGCCGCCCCUGUCAAUACCUCGAGACGCCUCAAGAUACCCCCUUCCAUGAACAUAAUCUUUAAUUCCGCGUUACACCAUUGCCUCACUCUUUGCAAUUGUCCGAAUACGGGUCUUCCGGGGACUUACGAUGCCUGUCGCUGGACGGGAUCUUUUCUGGGACUGAUGAACCCUUGUGUCGUGUUCGCGCAGCAUGGCAUUUGCAUAUAAGCGCACUGCGUCUGUAGCUAUGAUCACUACGAUUUGGCAUCGAAAAAACAACAGAUGUACAUUCACCAACGGGCGCUUGAUAC